AUGGAGAAUGAUAAUGAGAGAAAUGAUAAUGAGCAUAGACGUAAAUUAUUGGAAGAGAUAUUUGGUUUCGAAGAAGAUGAUAGUUUGAUUGGCGAAGAAUCAGAAGGUGAAGAACAAUCUGAUUGUGCGACAGCUGAUUAUAUUAACAACAAUUUAGAAGAAUCCAAUAACGUCAAUGCUGAAGAAGGACCUCUACCAGGUAUGAUAUUUAAUAGUAUUGAGAGUAUGAUGAAUGCUUAUCAAGAACAUGCAAGAGUUUUAGGUUUCGCUGUUGCCAAGAGAUCAGCUCAUAAAAAGAGUGGUGAAAGUUAUAAGUAUGUUACAAUUUGCUGUGACAGAGGAAGAAAACAACAAUUUGAGAAGUUUACAAAGAGGAUAAAUUGUCCUGCAAGAGUAAAUGCAAUUAGGAGAGACAAUGGAGUUUGGCAGGUUUCAAAAACAAUAUCAGAACACAACCAUGAAUUACAACCUGAUAUGUCUAUUUUGAUGCCUGCCCAUAGGAAUCUGACAAUUAACAUGAAGAGACAAUUGGAAGCCAAUGAUAUUGCAGGCAUAAGGCCAUGUAAGAAUGCUAGAAUGCUAGAAGUUCAAGCUGGUGGGCCACAAAAUUUAGGAUGCUUGCCUAAAGACUGCAGAAAUUUCAUUGAGAGUAGGAGAAGGCUAAGACUAGGUGAUGGAGAUGCAGAGGCCAUUCGGAAGUUGUUUGUAAGGAUGCAACAAAAAGACGGGGACUUUUUUCAUUUGAUGGACGUCAACGACGAAGGCAUGCUAACUAAUGUGUUGUGGGUCCAUCCUCGUGCAAAAGCCGCAUAUGAAGAAUUUCAUGAUGUUACGGAGUUAGAGACGGAAUUUGAGACGGAUAAAAGGCGAUGA